AUGCUGGCCAUUGACACCGUCUCUGCGGUGGGGUUCAGAGAUACAAGUCUCUCCAAGAUCAUGGAACCUGAUCUGCCCCAGCUGGCCAAUACUCGAAUCGCUCUCCUUCCUGAGGAUGCCACGCGGUCAGGACGACCCGGUCGUCAUGAAGAUGCCGAGAGAACCCGCGCCUCCAGUGAGAAUGCUCGACUGAACGGUGAACGGGGAGAAGGCUCCCAAGGCAGGGAUGACGCUCCUCUUCAGGUGGAAGAAAAGCCGGCCGGACCCAACACCACUCGGGAGUUGACUCUGCUGUCUCUCGAAGAUACCACCGAAUUGUUCAGGAAGAAAGUCGCCGAUGCGAGGCAGGAUACCGAACAUGCUCUUGCCGGUAGCGAAGCCGUCUCCGAUGCGGUCAGGCCCAAGCUCACCCUCGACCUGGGGCAUUCCAAUAUUGCGAGACUGCCCGAAAGUGUGGUCGAUCUGAUCAAAGCGGAAGUGGAGAGGCUGUCCUUAUCUCACAAUCAAAUCUGGCACAUUCCCCUGCGAUUUUCGGAAUGUUCCCAUCUCCGGUACCUGAAUAUACGUUCCAAUGUCUUCCGCGAGAUUCCUCGAGGAGUAUACAAGUUGAACCAGCUGGAGAUUUUGGAUAUCAGUCGCAACAAGGUUCGAAAGAUAUCAGGCGACAUCCGGAACCUCAAAUCUUUACGCGUGUUCUCCAUUGUGCACAACCGAGUGGAAGACUUACCGACCGAACUUUGUGAGAUGACCAAAUUGCAAAUAUUGAAGAUUGCCGAAAACCCGUUACGGUUUAAACUGAAAAAGAUUGUCGAAGCAAAAGAAUCCGAAGUGUCCUUCUCGGAAAUGACCGAUCACGAAAGAGAGACUGCCAUCACACUGGAGAUCAAACGAUAUUUGAGGGACCAGCACCCGGUGGUCACGGCCCUCGAUGUUGAGGCAUCUCUCGAAUGGGAAGAAAGCCCGAUGAACACACCAAAGCCUUUGAAACGAGUGCUGAGUAGUAGGUUUCCCGUCAUCCCGAGCACUGGCAAUGUGGAACCGGCAUCCGAAGGAAACAAAUCAUCCCCCACUCACGCCAACCCACCUCCCAUACCCACUCGUUCACAUUAUCGAAUGACUUCUGGAACUCAGAAUAUCGCUCUUCGACGGCCGGGAAUGGCACCAUUGAUGGGCCCGAAUAAUAAUGAACGGAAUCGAAGCAACAGUGAGAGCGUGCUGCAAGCAUCUGCGGCCGCUCGGCAGAAACGAAUGGGGAUGCUGCGAAAGGAAAAGCCGGAACUGGAUAGCAUCGAUGAACUCAAAGUGAACAGGAACAGUCAUCUCCGAGGAUUCAGUCAUGGCUCGGUGCUGAAACGGAAUGGGGUCUUAUCCUCACCCGGUGCAACGAGUUCGUCAAGUCCCAGCAGUCCAAGAGAUGUCCGAAGAAACCGGCUGGCCUUUGUGAAACGAUUGUCGAGCCUUCCGGAACACAAGGUCGAAAACGAAUGGAACAGUCCCGUCAUCGACGGUGCCAAAGGCAUUCUCUAUGCGCUCUAUCAAAUCCACCCACGCAUCUCGGGCAUCAUUGCCGCCAUCAGGGGAAAAGACAUUCGAAGAAGUACCCUCGAGUUUACUUUCUUCAACGCGUCAACUCACGUUGAUCGUCUCAACGAGGCAUUGGAACAAGCCGAUCUGGCUGACACGGAGGAUGAAGAUGCGCUCGAAAAGAUCGAAGCCACAGUUCGACGGGAUUGUGCGACUUGUAUCAUGGCGUACACGCAUGUGACGGCACAAUUGCGGGAUAAUGUGAAGAAAAUUGUGGCCGGGACGGAUGCUCGAUAUGUUCGCACCUUGAUGCUUCUUCUCUAUGGAAGUAUGAUGGAAGUCCGAAAUGCGAUUCGAAGCUUUGGAGCCGAAGCCAAGGUUACUCCAGGUCUCGGACAUCGAAGGCAGUUGUCCAGUGGAGAUACUCAUCCCAUCCAGACAAUCCCUGAAGAGUUCAGUACGCCUUCACCACCGGUUCGAGCUGCUACACCUCCCCCCGACGGAAGAGGACCUUCGAGACAAGGGGGGAGACUGCGCAGUGACACGGCCAUUCAACAUCCAGUGGCCGAAAAUAUUCCGGGACAUCAGCCGAAUGCUGCACAAGAUUCCAAUCCAGCUUCUCUCCCGACUCCCAUCCACCUGAUCGGCACCACAAUCAAUGGGACCAUAUCGACCGGCACCUCAUCCACAUGGUCCAAUAGGGGCACGCCGACCUCUACUUCCACCUCUACGAGCACGAGGUCCAGAUCAGAUUCACGCACCGCACCCAUGACGGACGGUCUGACAUCCUCAUCUGUCGCCAGUACUCCUCGUUCGGGCGAAGGAUUCAACCUUCCAGCACCGGCUCCUUAUGUGGGCCGCGUAAAUCCUUCGACUGGUCUCACCGACGCGCAAGAGGAAGCCGUGUUCGAACAGAUAUUCCUUGCUUUGACCCGGGCCUACGAUGCAGCUUUGCAUACAAUACCAAUCGCCAGAGCACAAUUUCUACGAUGUCUCGAAGCGGCCGACGAAAAUCGACAACCCAAACCCGUCCAUGAAUUAUGGUCGACUCUAGUAUAUCGAUGUAAAGUGUGCAUUGAAGUCAGUGAAGCACUCCAAACCAGACUGGUCAAUAUGCGUCUGAAAGAUCCUCACAUCCACGCGGUUGCCACCGGGAGUGGACGACAUGAUCCUUCAUUGUGGCUUCUCUGCAAGAAUUUCUUGAUGAGUUUUAUUGAGCUGCUCACGGAGAUGCGUGAAGCCAAAUCGCUUCGUCUUCUGUCACAAGAACUCAUUACGAUGUUACGACCUGUGCAAAAAGCCAGUCGAGAAGCGGGACGUUUGAUCGAGACCAGUCCAUGGAGAUAUUUGACCGACAGCGCCACAGCUGCAAUGCCACCACCCAGUGUGUUUAAUUCGAAUGCUAGUCAACAUACGACGGUUCAUGUGAAUGGGAAUGACGGUUCUAAUGGCACCGUGGUCAAUGGUAAUCUCUCGGGGUAUUCGACCUCGUCUCAGCUCAACAACCAUACCGUUCAAAAUCCUUUCCCGCCUCCACUGGGACCGGUCCCGCCGGUACCAGGUCCAUCAUCCGCCACCACACCAAGUACAGCCACCAAACAAAUGACCAAUGGUUCUGUCAAUGGAGUCAGUCCCGUUUCGGUCCCGCUACCUGCCACACCACUCUCUGCCGCUCUAGGUCCAGCAGCACAGGCAACGGUUCCGAUUCCUACGCCGGUGCCGAGUACACCGGCCAGUGCAUAUGGUGAUCAAUUUUUCAAGGGUGAUGUGUUUCAAAGAGCUGAUAGUCUGCUGAGCAUGCCUCAGGCUGGAACGGUGAAUUUCUUGAAUCGGCGGUGA